ACAACGUAUUUUUAUCGCAGAAAUAUUAUUUCGAACUAUCCACUCGUGGAAAAAUCAUGUCAGCUUCUUCCGUUUCCGGAAACGUGUGAUAACAUCUCACUAUCACAAGUGAGAAGCUCGUACCGUGAGAGAAGUUCGACUUGAAAUGGAGCUGUCAGUCGCUCGUCUCGGGCUUUGUGCCGCCGGCAUUGUCCCGCGGGCCUAUCUCCCGGCUGAUAGAACCACCGAGACUGCGGACCUCGACCAAUGUUCAGCACCUCUGCGCUACAUUGAGUCGUGCGUGUGUGUGUCGAAACACCGGAUAAAAGCGUCGGCGGCGCAUUAAUCAUAAUUCCUCACUUCAAAAGUAGGACGAGCGGCAACUGCAGGCAAAGUCUCGCGAACAAGUGCACGAGCGAGCGUUCAGUGGCCGGCGUGCUCGCGCCGGUGUGUGGUGGCGGCGGCGGCGGCGUAUUGAGGGCUGAAUGGUGUCGAUGUGGCCGCGAGCGACAACUUCUCCCCUAUCUGUUUCGUUUCCGAGCCUCCGAGACAAUUUAACUUGUCAACGCGAACCGACAACAAAGCCGCCUUGUCCCAUUUACCGUCGCAUACCUACAAUACUAGACUCCGACUACCGCCUAUUCAAUCUCGUAACGUAUUCGACUACAAGAAUAGACUGCGAGUGGGCAAACGCGGGCUGUCAGAGCGUAACGAAAUGUAAUCAAAACACUCACUCGCCUCGGUCGGCACCCGGGCGGGACGUUUCCCCGACGCGGCCAAAUUCGCUAAACGGAGGCACUCGAAUAAACAUUUGCACAAAGUUAGUCGUUAAAAGGGGCGUCGGAAUACCUUAAUCGUGUAAAUAUGGAAUCGGCUGGCGCGGAGGGCGGCUCGGACCGCGGAGAGGGCGCGCGGCGCGGCGGAGCGGCACUCGGGCGGCCGCCGCCGCGCCCUCCGCCCGCCAUGUCGGUCCGCGUGGACCCGCGCGACCGCGAGCGCUUCUCGCGCCACUCGUCGCGCGCGUCCGUGGAGCUGGCGUGCCCCGGCGGCUCGCGCGACCACAGCUUCCGCUCCGUGCACUCGGCGCGCGUGCCCCGCACCAGCAGCGACGACGCCGUGGGCGCGCGCGCGCUGCGCUCGGCCUCGUGCCGCGUGGCGCCCGGCGCGCCGCAGCGCCUGCGCCGCCACCACUCGUCGGCCGCGGAGUGCGAGCGCGCGCGCCGCAGCCGCCGCCACACGCUGGAGCUGCCGGCGCGCGCCAGCGUGCGCUCGCGCUCGCCCGAGCCGCCGCCGCCGCCGCCGCCGGAGCCCGCGCCGCUGGACGAGCCCAAGGAGCAGCGCCGGCGCCGCGUGGUCACGGCGGUGGCGGCGUCGUUCCUGGCGCUGGCGCUGGCGUCCGUGCUGGUGGUGGUGGUCACGCUCACGCACAGCUCCGUGCUGCGCGCUCACAACCAAACGGCCAAGUACUACACGUUCUCCGUGCCGCCGCACCAUCCUCUCAUUCGGCAGGAGAACGAGCGGCUGAUGCACGACGUACUGCAGGCGGGAAUCUUAAAUCGCACCCAGUCGUUGGGGGCAUCGCGCUGACCCCCCGCUACUCGCCGCGCCCCCGGCUGGACACGGCGCGCCCCCCCGCCGCGCCCCCCGCCCCCGACGAGCUGGACGACCCGCCCCCGCACACGUGAGGCCCCCACAGACUCACCGCUGUGCGCCACGAACGAAUUCAAUAGUGACCGUGUUGUUGGCAUGUGUAUUUAUGGUUACUGGAGCGUGGAGAGAUGUCAAUAAUUUACUGUAGUACGUAUUUAGAGUAAGCGGGCGGUGGCAGCAAGCGGGCGCGGGGCUAUUCCGCUGCCGAAUUUAUUGAGAUGUUAGACAAGAGGGGUGCUGCGUGACGCUUGUUGCGACUCGCCUCGUGUGUAGCUGGAGGGAGAGAUGUGAGUGAUGACGAGCUGGUGUUUUGUGUUGCGUCGCGCUGGGCUUGGGGAGUAUCUCGCGUACUUGUCGUGCCUCCGGGGCGCGGCGUGAAGGAGUCAUGUUGCGGUUUUCUGAUCCUUCUAUCCAUAUUUAACAUAUAUCUAUAAACAUGUGGGAAUUGUUGCCUCAGCGUCAAUUAUGUUCCUACAAUCAAUAGAAACGCAACACGGUGAAGAUAAGUUUACGUCUCAUUCAGAAUUCAAACUCUGAUUUGGAAACCGACCGAAUUUUUAACAUCGAUCAUAGUGCCCAGGUAGAAUUAAGUAUGGUAAUCGUCACAUUUCUUCCUCCAGUUUCUGUGUAUUAAAGUUAUGUAUAAAUGAAGUGACGCCAUAGAGUCCCCGCUACGUGUGACCCAUCGCAUCGGUAGAUUGUAACAUAAUAAAAUAUUGAAGCCCACGCGAACAUAAAUUAUUGUAUCUUUAUUAAAACGUAUCAUUGUAAAAUUUAUAUACCUAGUUCAAAUAAAGAAUUGUUAUUAAUUAUUUAAAUAAUUAAAAAAAUCAUGCCUAUAAUUUUAUAUGAAUAAAAAAUUGUAGCACAGUGUUUUCUAUUUUCAAAGUCAGAAGCAAGCUUCCCGUAGUUAGAGAAUCACUUCCAAACGUCACUGUACUGAUCCACUGACCUGUAACAAUUCUAGUCAAAGAGCUUUUCGAGAUACUAAACUGUUAAAUGUAAGUGCGUAGAUGUAGACAUAUAUUUGUGCAAUUGUGCAACGAGGCUGGAGGAGGCUGUAUGUAGUUCAGCUCAAAUAAGGCGGCUUUGUGCUGUAUACCUUCACUUAUGGAACUAUUCCGUACCAUUAUUCUGUAACACAAUAACGAUACCAACUCACGCUAGCGCACGUCAAAAUAUGCGUUAACAGAACUCUCUGUCUCACUGUAUGUCUAUGAACCAAGUUCAAACCGAGUGAUAUAGUCGUAGUUGACAACUGAGUUACCGAGUAGUUACAAUCAUGUUGAGAGCACAAAGCGAUUGCAAAGUGAUCGUGAAGCUAUCUCGUCAGAAUUUUUUUGUUUUACUCUCACAUUUACGGAUUCAUUAUUGCCUUGGAAUCGCUUGGUUUUAACUGAAUAGUUUCCUCUUUUAUAUCGAAACCCGUGGCUGUUACUUUAUUAAUUGAAACGUGUAGGUGUAAAGAAAGAAAUGAAUGUCUUCUACAGUAGCAACUAUUUAAAGCCGCCUUAUGAGAGCGGCUCUGAAGCGCCGAGUGACUUCGAGUCAAUUCGCAGAGCGGGUAUGCUGUAUAGUGUUAUGAAAGCUCGAUUUUUAAACUCUAUCCUUAUUUUACGACUAUUUUAUUAACUGAGUAUGUUAGAGCGUUUAAAUUUACAUUCUGAAAAAUAAAAGAAUUGAAUGUCGGAUUAAUAAAAGCGAAUACCAACAGCAAUUCGUUCGCUAUGAUUUCGAAGAUGAACUAUUUCAUUAAUCCGAAAGUGUUUCACAUUCAGAUUGAAUUGAAUCAAUGCCCACUGUUAGAACGGAAUAGCUUUGAGUCUAUGAGAAACAAUUCACAAGAACACGCAGUUUCUCGAAGGAUUUUUAAAUGCUUUCGGCAAUAAAACUAUUUAAGUAUGUCACUUCAACCCUGCAAGUGCAGCCCUAUAAAAGUGUAUAAUUAUUGUGCUAGAGUACAGGUUACGUAACAGAAUGUGAGGUAACAUUUGCCGUAAAAAUGGUAACGGCGUAAAUCUGUCAUUUUUUGUUUUAUUACAGUGACCGCUACAUUCGCUGGUUUCUUUAGGUUUGUUUAUUAUUAGUUUGGUAAGAAUACACUACUCUGUAAGCUGGUGUAAAUGAAUACACACAAACACCAGUAAAUAAGCUGUUGCCAAUUUAAAUAAGUUGGUGUAUCGUAACGGAUCGGUGUUUAAAAAUCGAGUUUUAUUUGACUGGAAGUACGAGUGGAGUAAUUAUUAAGGUAGACCCGAAAACCAUUUAAAUGUUGGAUGUUAAAUGUUUAAAUGUGCGCCAAUCGCUGUAGAUUAAAUGGUAAAUUAAUACGAUGUGUAUCAUAAUAUUAUACGAUGUAUAGUUGUCGAGGUCCACCGCCCUUACCUUGUGAUACGAUUUACUUAUGUACUUGUUCGUACCUCGCCCGAGGACUGCCCACACUUGUGCGAACUAUGUGCGAACUAUGUACAUUUAUAAUUGACUGUUGACUUUACAAGUCUCCAAGAUACACAUUAGUAUCUAUUAGUCUCUGUCAUUGUUCCUCGUAAUGGUCUGAAAUUAAUACUCAAUAGACUUUAUCUGUCUACAGACACUUAUUGUACAAUCAAAGAUUUCUGUAAUUCCAAUAUAUCUCCGCUUCCGUUUUAUCUACGCCUUACAAUUUUGUACGGAGUUCACACAAGUGUGGCCAUACCCUCGGACAAUCUUCACUACAACCUGCCGGGUUAUUCUGUAACGACGAUAACUAUCACUGCAGGAAAGUGCCAAAUGUUCAUAGUUCACACACUGCGGCUGCGUAACUACAGCCAUCCUGACACGUUUAUUUGGUUACGAUACAUAAUGUGUACUUAAUGCCAACUGGGUUACAGAAUAGGCUCGCAGCAGGCAUGGUAUUCUAGAUUGGAUCUCAAGUUGAAUGCAGAACAGUUAUGUUUGUUUUCCUAAAUUCCCUUUGACUUGUGAUUUGAUCUAGAAUACGACUGUCAUAGAUCUCUGUUCGUCUAAUGAACGAUCCCAUGAAAUUUAAACAGGACCUAUUAUUAUAAUGUUAGAGGGAGGAUACAAAGAAUUUUAUAGUGUUUGUUGUAAAUGUCAGGUUUUAAUUAAUCUAUUUUACAGAAAAUAAAAUGUUAAAUAAAAUAUCUUUGUAAAAUG